AUGUCUGUCAUACGAGUACCCCUAUCGGAAUCUAGGUUUUCGACAUUGUCGCCGACUACUACAUCAUCGACUGCUGAGCCUUCUCAUGCCCAACCCCAGAUCGUUUUCACCAGGCAGUUGUGGGAGAGAACGAUGCCAUCUGCAGAACACGACGACUUGAGUACAAGUUCCCAAGGUAUCGCAAGCGACGGAAGUGUCAAUUCGCGCAGAGUGUCGACCAACAUAUCCAUCGCUCCACAAUUGCAACACUCACCCAAGUCCCGUUUGGCAGACAGGCCGUUGACGCCCGAAGAGUCACCACCGUUUCGCGACCAUCAGAAGAGAAGCGCCGACGCCCUUGACCAGGACGAGCUCCAGGACGUGAGUCCUUCGCAUACCAGAGACGGUAGCACGGAGUCACUGGUCAACUUCUGUCUGUGUCAACCUGAGCCGAAAGUCCCGAGACCCAGAAACGCAUUCAUCCUUUACCGCCAGAAUCGCCAGGCCGCUGUGGUCGCGCAGAACCCAGGUCUUGCUAAUCCAGACAUCUCCAAGAUUAUUGGCGAGCAGUGGAGGAACGAGCCUGAAGGAGAGAAGAAUCGGUGGAAGGUAUUCGCAGAAGAAGAGAAGCUUCAGCACCAGCAGAGAUACCCCUCUUACCGAUACCAGCCUAAGCGAUCUGGUCGUAGAGGUAGUGUUUCAUCCGAAUCGGGCUUCUCACAGUCAGAUCAUCGAAAGUGCCAGAAGUGUGGAGGCCGAACUAUCAUCCACCCUACACCAAGCACGCCUUCUUCGGCACGAGAGCGACUUGACAAACCUCACAGUCUGGAAACGAGUCCUUCGUCAGCUUAUCCUCACCCUCCACGUUUGAACGCAUUCCAACUACCCCCGCCGACUCCAUCGUCGACUACAACCCCUUCUACUCGCUAUCUGCCUAUGCUCAACAACCUUUCUUUGUCUUCUCCACGCCCUCGCAAUAUGACCAACGGACGCCCUUCACAGCCGUUCAUGAUCCAACGUGGCGAAGAUGAGCACUCAUCCAUUUUGUCACCCGACUCGAAGCGACGCAGAUUUGAAUCUCCACAAGGCACGUAUGUUAUGUCGACACGUACCAUGCCGCCACGGCACAAUGCUGGGCCUGGCACACCAUUCCCCUUUGGCCCACAAGGACAGCCCCACAUCCAACAGAAUCAACAGAUGGGCCCUCCUCACCAGUUUCCGCCUCCGCCUGGAGGGCAGCAUAUCCGCAGAGAGAGUCUACCGCGACCAGCAGAUCUCCUACGAGGACCAGUGCCACCAAACAUGAUGGGUCCACCGCCUCGUCCGGGACCUGGCUACUCGCAGCACAGAGCGAGUCAAGGCCAACGCACUGGCGGACCGGAGCUCAGUUUGACGCUACCACCUCUACAAUCCGGCACUAUGUCUGGCCCUCCAACAGCCACCAGAACAGGCCCCGGUCAGCCAUCGAGCGGUAACAGGGGCAGUGACUCCAAGGAGCCCGACAGACGUAGCGUGGGCGAGAUCAUCAUGUCCAUGUCGUUCAUGGCCAAGGUGCAAAUCCUCGGUCGAGUUGCACCGCCUCUACCUGCGAGUGAUAACAACAACAAGACAAGGGCUACCAUCAUCGCCAUCGAGGGUGACGAUGCGGAAGCGGCGCGCAAUGUGACCGACUGGCUCGAAGAGUUCUUGGGUCGUGAGGGUGACAUGGUGGUCAAGGUGGUCGAGGGUCCCCAGCUGCCGGAAGCCAAGGAUGGACAAGAAGUCGACAUUCCUGAGUUACUACGAACUGUGGCAGAGUGGCACGACAAUGGUAAGAAGAUGGUGGAGCAGCUGGCGCGUGGCGGCAAGGAGCGAAAAGACAGCGACAGCAGUUCACAGUCGGGCUUAGCUGGUGACAGCGAGGCCAUGGAAGUUGACUCGUGUCAUGGCAGCAGCAGGACGGUGAUACUCCUGCGCACGUACACGGUGACAGCAGCCAACGCUUUUGCAUCACGCAUGGCACUCAGUGACGCGUACAAGGCAGCGGACCACUGGCAGUGGACAGCGACGUUAUGGCGCGGAGUGGUCGGACCGGAUAUGACGGUUUAUGUCAAGGAGGCUGACAAGGCAGAGGAGGGAGGAAAAGGUGGAGUGGAGAUCAAAGAGGAGAACCGGGUCAUGGCGGUUCGACGUUUCAAGGGCAGCGAGGAGAACGGCGGGGUUGAGGGCAUCGAAGCAGGUGCGUUACGACGUCUGGGAUUCGAGGUGGGUGAAUGGGUCAGGAGUGGAGGAGCAGCAAAGAAGGAGUAG